AUGGAUGCAGGGGUGGCUAACCCGGCGUUUGGAGGCUCCUCGGCCCGCGACUCAAGCCUUGCAGGAACAAACACUGUGGUGCCCCAAUUCGUCUUCAAAGGUAUCUUGCGAGCACCCACGUUGGCCCUGCAGCUGCCGUCCGUCGCGGCCAGCGUUACCGGCACAGCGGCCCCCGUAGCAAGCGGCGCUUCGACUGCCAGCCUGAAGACUUCAGCGGUUAUUUUGCGGCAGCAGCCCCAGCGACAAGCUAGCCCGCAACCGCAACUUCGGGCCCCGCGAUGUAGCAGCCCUCCUAUGGUCAGCAGUGGUAUCGCAAGCCGCAGGCGCAGCAGCCCUGCCGACACGGGUGCUAGUGGCUGUGGUGGCGGCGGCGGUGUUGGUCCUGACGGUGGCAGUGCUAGUCCGCGCGGCGGCCGGGCCACAUACGGCUGCGACAAUGUCGCCGGCAGUCCAAGGGCAACUGGUGUCAGCCGUUGCCGGAGCAGUCCCAGAGACCGGCAUGUCUCCGUCGUCAGUAAUGGUGUCCGGGGAAGCGGCGGAGGUGACGGAGGUUCAGGGCUUCUCACGGCGGGGCAAGGGGGGCCAUCUAUGGCCACGGGUGGAGAUGUUGCCGGCGGCGAGGGUGCUGCUGACAGUGGUGCGGCACAGCCGGCGCGUGGCCGGCCCCGCAAUACGAUCACUCGCACGGCUGCACUGCGCGCCUUGAAGCAACAGCGUUCCACCACGCCUGACAUUAUCGCGGAGUUGCGUGCUGUUGCAUCCAUUAAAGCCGCACAGCAAGCGGACUUCGUGGAGGCUGCAUCUCUACCCACGGCAGCCCGUGUUGUGGGUGGUGUGGAACUGGAACCCACCAGCGCAGGAGAUACUUCAGCAACGAUACGACAGCAGCAGGAGCAGCAGUACAAGCCCAACGGGCCCCAUGAAGCAGGUGGAGCGUCUGCCAAGGCAGGUUCAGCCAGUGGCACUCAACCGUGCAACGCAACGCUGGGUGAUUCAGUCCCAGCGAGCCAUACCAGCUACGGGGCCAGCACUACUGCUGGCCGGGCGGGAGGGCUUAUUGCAGGAUCGGCGGCAGAUACGUCGCCACACCCACCGGCGCACCCGCCGGCGCAGCAGCACUUACAGCCACCACAGAAACGUUGCGCACCACACGAGUCACAGGGGCAUGUCCAAAAGCAACUAAGGCAGCAGCAAUCACAACCACAACCGCAACUGCAGCUUCCACAGCAGCUGAAGCAACUGCAGGUGCAGCAACCCAAAUCGCAGGAGCCUUCAACGGCCUCACCUACCGCGGCCAUAGGAAGGAGAGGAACCAACCUGCCGUUGGAAGCGGUAGCUGCAGGGAGCCACUGCUCCGGACCGGCUUUAGUCGCUACGGUCGCUGCGGUGCUGCCGCAGCCGGCAUCAGCGUCAUCGGUCUCGGCGUGCCGCGACGCGGGGGCUGUCUGGGAAAUCGGAGAGGAACCGAGUUUCCGGUCCCCCUCUCCACAGCGCGCGAAGGGCGCCGCCUCUCGCGAAUUCGGGCAAGCGGUGCCGCAAGUCCCUGCCGCUAUUGCGGCUCCGGUCUCCGCUGCUCUGGGUCCUGUUGCUGCCGCUGCUGCGGCAGCGCCAACGGCGGCCGCUAUCAUGGCCGUUGCCCAGCGGCAGCAGCGCGCUAUGCGGCAGCACGUGCAGCGCCAGUCCAGCCCAUCACCCGGCCGCCGAAACGGCCAGGCCCCCGGGCCCCUGACGGACAAGCAAACCGCGGCUCGGACCUCACUUUCCCCACAGCCACAACACCGCCUGCGUGGCCUAUCCAUGGAGGGCGGCAGUUGGCAGAGCGAUGUGGUCAUGGCUGCACAGGCCCGCAUUCGGAGGUUAGAGGAGCAGGUGGUCAGUCUGAGCGCGCAAGUGGCUGAGCUACAGGCCUCUCACGCCGACCUGGAGUUUCAGCUGGAGGAGGAGCAGCAGCACACCCGGGCGGCGGCUGCGAGGGCCGACGCAGCUGCGCCAGCCUGCACGCCCCAGACGGCCGACGCGGGACAGGCACAUGCGAUGGCAAGUAGCAGAUGGGAGAGCGACCAGCACCUGCAAGAACAGGUCCGGGAGGUGGAGGAGCGCCUGAAAGCCCGGGAGGCGGAGCUAGAUGAGCGCUUGAAAGCCCGGGAGGCGGAGCUAGAGGGGCGCUUGAAAGCCCGGGAGGCGGAGCUAGAUGAGCGCCUGAAAGCCCGGGAGGCGGAGCUAGAGGAGCAGGUCAUGCGGGAGCGGGCGGCGAACGACUCGCUGGCCAAACAGAACCGGGCGCUGUACAGUACGUUGGAGGAGACCCUAUCCGCCGCUGAACACGAGGUACACGACACGUCCCAGAAGGAGGUGUCGCAACUGAAAGAGGAUCUUGAGCUGCGCGAGCGUGCCCUUUCUGCGGUCCAGGCAGAGUUCAGCGCAUUGCGGCGGCGGCAUGAGGAAAUGUCGACAGCCGCGGAGGCGGCACGGCGCGACAACGCGCUGCGCGACGGGCGACUGCGGCGUGAGGUGGAGGUCGCAACACAAGACGCGGCAAUCCUGGCUGCCCAGCUCACCAAGCUGCAGCGCGAGCACCAGCAGCUGCAUUCCCGCAAGGCGGAGAAGGAUCGCCAGUUAGCGACGCUGGCAAAGCGUGCUGAUGCCCAGCAGGAGCAGCUAACUGCAGCAGAGCGACUCGCGCAGGAGCAAGCAGCACUCGUCCGGGAGCUGGAAUCACGCGCGACGCUGCUCCGAAACCGCAACGCCGCCCUAGACCGCGCUGUGGCUGCGGAGAAGGAGGCACGGCAGGCGGCGCAGGAGCAGGUGCGACAGAUGGAGGAGGAAAUCGCGCUGCUUGUGUCCAUCGUGCGGCAGAGCGACCCCAACCUGGAGACGCUCACACGCUACAAGCGCGACCCUGCAGCGGCGGCGGCGAUGGCCGCUGCUGCCGCCGCUGCGGCGGCGGCAGCGCUGCUGCAGGCUUCGCCGUCGUCGGCCCAUGGGAUCCGUGGCGAGGAGGGGACGGAAGUGGAAGGCGGACAGGCUGCAGAUGGCGACUACGGCGUAGUUGCGCCGAUAGUGCCACCGCUUAUCUUAAGCGGUCGUGGAAAUGGGGGAUUACGGCGCCAACACGACCCGUACGGACACUCUGUCGUUACCAUCACAGCCGGAUCCGGGCCAGCUGCGGCAACCCGCACCACGGCACCACAACCUUUACCUUUCGCCAUUCCGGGGUCGGCGCCGCUCAGCGUGCGUGCGCCGCCACCCGGAUCGCAGCCCCUGUCCCAUCGCCAACAACGGGCGGAUGCUGAGGCACAGGCGGAUAUCUCGUUCGCCGACGCCGCUUCAGUCGAUUGCGACGCCAUCCUACAGCCCUCCCCGCAGGCCGCCACCGGUGACACCCCGCGCCAAGACCCAGAUUCAGGCAGCGCCCAUGCUCCCAACCGACGUUAUGCCGCCGCCAGCCGAGAGGACAGCCCGCUGACGAUGCCAUACCCCGCCAAGCACAACAUGACCGGUGGCGUGUUCCUUGACAUCGGUGGCAAUCGGGGGCCAUUUUCAACGUCGCCACGCGGCGUUCUGUCACCGAUUGCGGCUGGCAGGGCGCACACCAGCGGUGGCGCUGGCUUACACGGAACUGGCUUCACUAGCGCCUCCCCCCGCUUGAGACAAGAGACCCGGCUCGCUGCUACCACAGGGGGCGGCGGCGGCAACGGGUGUCGGAAUGCGAGGACGCCACUUUCCAGGCGCGGCUCUUCAGCAGGCCUUCGUGGCCGCCGCCGUUCCGAUGUAAGCACUGCUGGCUUCUGUAGUGCUGCCUCCAAUGGCGGUCACCUAGCUGCCACAUGGAGCGGCGCCGACGUCAGCGGCGGCAGUGCUGUCGCUAAGGCGGCCGCUCCCGUUUGGCGGGGCGCUGGUAUCGCUCGGCGCUCUGCCACUCCGCCGGGAACGUCCGCCGUCAGGCGGGGUCGAGACAGCCAGUCGCUGCUUGGUCCGGACGGCGCUGGGGCCUUCGUGACCGUACCAAGCGGCGCUGUCAGUUUUGGCGGGGUGGCCGCGAAGGCUCGGACAGCAGUGACUGCACCCAGCGCCGCCACGGUGCCGAAGGCGGCAGGUAUUGGUACUGAUGUGCCGCAGCCAUCAGCAGCUGCGGCGGUUCCUGUGGAGGCAGUCUUGGACGGGUCGCUGAGUGAUCGGGCGUUGUGGGCCAAGCCGCGCCGCAGCAGCCGUUCUGAUGGGAGCUGCGCGAACGGUAGGAGCGGCGGUGGAGGCGGGCAGCCAGCUGGCCCUCGGGUGGGGUCCCAGGUGCAGCAGUUGAGCUACGCUGCUAUACACACGGCGCAGAGGGCGCUGGCGACGUCGGCGUUAACGGUUCCGGCGGCGGCGGCAGCACGUUGCCACAGCCGAAGCCGCAGCUGCAGCGCUAUGGAGUGGAUCCGGCCGCGGGUCACAACGCGAUCGCGCGCCUCCCGACGAGCUAUGACGCCUGAACCGAGGACUGUAGCCGCAUGGCUGAAGCUGUCAGAGGAGGCGGCUGCAGCAGCAGCGGCGGCGGCGGCAGCGGGCGACGCACUGAAGCACUCACAUUCAGAGAUUACCAUUGGCCGGGGCUCCUACAAGCUAGGACCUCUUUCAUCGUCGGACGGCGGCGCCUUCGCUGGCGCGGGGGCUGGCGCAGUCCGUUGUAGCGACGCGGCUUCUGAGCUGGCUGCCCUGCUGGAACAACAUCCGCUGGGUUUGCGCGCCCAGCCGCAAGGUGGCCGCGCGGGGGCUUCCAGGGCUGUGUGUAUCUUAACCCCGCACGCGGAAGGCCAGGAGUGCGAGCGGGAGGAGGAGUCUACAGGGGCUGCGAAGCACAGCGGGGACUCUUGCGGUCACGGCAGUCCUGCAGGUGCCGCAAAUGAGAGUCGAGGCGGCGAUGGUGGGGAAAGCGAUGGUAACGGUGGCUGCAGCUGGGGCGUAGGGCUAGACGACAGCAAGAUGGAGAUGGCGUCCCCCGUCAAGCUGUCGCGGGCCAGCGGCGGUCAAGCGGGUGCUCGUCAUUGCCUUGCUGAUAGCCGCGAUAGUCAUGAGGACGUAGUGGGGGAUGCGUCUACUGGGCGGCGCAGAACCCAUAGCCCAGACGGUGUGAACGGCGGCAAGGACAACAGCAGCGGCAGCCCCAGCCGUGAAAAUACGCGAGGCGUCUGCUCAGCUACCGGCCGGCCCUCCGCGAUAAUCCGUGCUAGCUACGCCUUCGAUUCGCCGCUGCGACGCCAGAAGCAGCAACCGCAGCAAGCCGCUGGUGCAGCAAAGUGGGACCACGUCUCAUCGCCGACCGCCGCAAGGAGCAGCCUUGUAGCAGCCGAUGGUAGCGACGAGGUCGACCCCUUGGGUUCAGUACUCCGCAGUCUUCAGAAGCGCCAGGCGGCGCUACUGAUCGAGCUUGCAACCGGUGGCGGCGGCAACGGCGGCUCUCCCAGCGCUGUUGUUAAGCCUCUCCUGUUGAUCCCAGGCUCGUCUCCGCGGAAUUCGCUGGCCCUGAACCGUAGCAAGCCGGCAGAGGACCCGUCUUUCGUUGCAUCCUUCACAUUCGCCAACCCCAAACCUCAAACAUCUCUGCUGUCUGCCAGCUCUGAGAAGCCCAACGGAGGAAGGGGCACCGCAGAUGAAGGCACCGACAGCGACAAGAACUGGACCGCAGACGCGGCAAGAGGCAGUAGGCCGCAGCGGCGUCGUAGCAUGUCCUUCACUGGCGAGGAGGCGAAGGGUGUCCCCAAGGGAGGUGCCGGCGGCGCCAGCGGCGAUCCUCGGCCGCUGGCCCAGCCGCUGCGGAACGUCUCCAGUUCGCGGGAAGGCGGUUGUUGGGCAGCACCGCAGGUGAUACGACAGCCUACUCCUCCACCGCCGCCGCCGCCGCCACGUAGCCCACACAGGCCCAGCGUCACUGCUGCUGCCGCGGCGGCAGCAGCGGCAGGCGCAGGGGUCGGCGGCCCGCUGACUGCACUGCUAGGUCAGCUGGAACACUCGGGUGGUACGUGGCGAGGAAAUGCCGCGCAUGGUGAACAGGGCGGCCCGGCGGGGCCGCAUCGACUGUCUGACGGCUCCACCGAUGUCGUGCCGUCGUCGCCGCUGCCGUCGCCGCCGCCACAGCAGCAGCAGCAACAACCCUCGCAACAACAGCAGUGGCAAAAACACGAGCAACCGGAGCAGGGGCACAUCGUGACGCAUUUCAGCGUGACAGCUGCGCUGCAGAUGCCUACCGGGAAGUUCGAGGGCGAGAAGUCAGGAGAGGACCAGCAGCGGCAAAGAUCGCACCAAAACGGAAAGGCGGAUGCAUGCGAGCCGCGCGGAUCGAACCAAGAGUCGAACCAAGAGUCGCUCAGAGUUGCUAAACCCUCGGCAGCUAGGUGCCAUGACGGCGAAGGGAGCAACGGGGAAGGGAUCGAGGGCGAAGAAGUCUUCGCCGCCGACGAUGAUGAAGUCUUUGGCGAGGAUGAGGACAACCAGGGCAUUAAGGAUGGGGACGAUAAGGAGGCGUUCGGGGCUGACGUGGGGAUGGAGGCGGCGACGGGCGAUUUGAAGGAGCUGCGACUGCUGCUGCCGACAGUGGAUACACUGACAGAUGCCAGAGAUGCGUCCUGCGCAGGGGGUGCCGACUGUGAAAGCAACAACACAGCGGCGCCCCCGUCGCCACAGCCUCGGGACGAGCGUUCCAUGGGCGGCUCGGAGCUGUUCCCUGACGACGAUUACCCUCCUGCAUGUGACGCGGACGCGGGUAGCCUAGUCUCAAGACUUGGUGUCAGUCUGUACGACAAUGUCGCGUACGACAUAUCGCGGGCGACCAGCGCGAGGGCUGAGUAUUACAACUCCAGCGACGGCGGCGCGGGGCAUCCGCGGGUGCCGUGGCGGUCGUCCUCCGGCUUUCCCCUGGUGCCCGUCAUCUGCGUACCGACUUCCCUGGCGAAAGCUGCCGGUGACGGCGGCAGAGGCGGAGGCGGCAGCAGCGACGGCACGGCGUUGGACCCGAGAGCGGUUGCUCGCUCAGCCCUCGCCAACUUGGAGCAGCAUUUCUCGCCGCCGCCACCGUCCCAUCCUUCUGACUCCGGGCCAUUGCCUGGAGCCAACGCCGCGAGCAGCAACCUAUUGGACUUGGAGCUGUGCGAGAGCGGCAUUAGCGCGACGAGUGUCGCCACCGUCAGCGGCUCAGUCAGCGCCAUCACGUCCUCGGUGUCGCAUCCCAUGUCGUCACAUGAUACGUCUUUGCGGGCCUCUGGUCAGCCGUCAUGGGCCUUCGACCAAGCACCGUGGGAUCGGCAGGAUGUGUGCGAGGAGGCUGGAUGCUGUAUCACCGGGGAUGCAGCGCCGGUGGCUGCUGUAGAGGUAGAGGUAGAGGGGGUUGAAGCGUACGAGGGCUGCGAAUCAAGGGCAGUGGGAGAGGAGGCGGCCUCCGGAUGGGGAACGCUAGGAUCCGUGGAGCAGGCUUCACGGCAUCCCCAACCGGCAGGCAUGGACUGCGACGGCAUAUCGUCCACCGCGGCGGCAGCUACGGCACCUGACGGAGGUGCAGAUGCCUCGGGUUGUGUAGCGGGCGGCAAGGAACAGCACGCGGUGGCGGCCGCAAUGGCGGCGGCUGUCUGCGAAAGUCCAGCAAUGGAGGAGGAAGGAGGGGAUGCUGCUGCUGCUGCUCCGACAGCGGCCGCAGAGGCAGUGGCGGGAGCCUUGCCGGCGCCCGCGGCGGAUGCGGACGUGGGUUUGAAGGCUCCAGCAGAGGAAUCGGCCACGGUGCCGCCUGUGACUCCGCUUCAGGCGACGGCAACGGCGCACUGCGCCGGCGGGCUGCCAUCAUCGUCGCUGCAGCUGUCGUCGUCCUCCUCCCAGCCCAACACUGGCGCCGCCGCCGCGGGAGGUGGAGCUGCCGGGUCCUUUCCCCGGUCGGCAGGCGCGUACGGGCCGAUGCUAGGGUCGUGGUUGCUUAGCCGGACGGAACCGACGCUCCUGGACCGGCAGUUUCAACAGAUCUCCGGGGCGCUGCCCAUCGCUCGGAAAAGCAUCGGCCACGCGACGGCCGCUACCGGCGGCUCUGUUAGCAGCGGCGGCGGUGGCAGCAGCAGCAGCAGUUCUGUUACUGCCGCCACCGCCACCAGCAGUACAAGCAGUCAUGAUUGGCUGCAGCAGCGGCGGCCGCCGUCACCCAGUGUGAAGCCCCUGAGCCUGGCGGAGGUGCUCCGGCGGCCGCCCAGCGCCCGUAGCCCUGGUGCAGGACCGCUGGCAUCUUCGCGCUGA